AUGGUUGUUCUACCCGAUCCCGAUAGCGAUAAAUGGCCCUUCUUCGGGCACGUCUACUUACGACAGGAUUCCCUUCCUUCAUCACAUCAUUCGCGCCAUGAUAGGUCCCGCGAUGAAACUCUGCGUCUCUGGAACCUUCAUCUUCCUCUCGAUCCACAAAAAGACCAGUUUAAAUUUGUUCUCUUCCUGCAACGUCUCAUGACAAUGGUCGAAGAACAUUAUCGUAAACGCCACAGUUCUCAAGAUUGGAAAGUCUCAAAGCCAAUCGAAGAUUGGUAUCACCAAAGUAUCCGCGAUCUUUCUGGGUUAGGAGUCGAUGAGAAUCUCAUGAACAGGGAGUGGAAAGAAGUAGUUCAGAAAGGAAAUCGAGAAGCAGCGAGAAAAGAAAGGAAAGAGGUGAAAAAAGUACACUUGGAAAAGAUGGAAAGAGAAAAGGACUAUCGGCAUCAUCGAUAUCGUGGUGGUAGAAGAAGAAGAUCAUAUUACGAACCUUCCGAUUCCUCGUACGACGACGAAUCAUCAGAAGAAAAAGAAAAAGAAAAAGAUCAUCCAAAAGGAACACCUAAAUGGGUAAUUUGUCCGCGUCGCUCAAAACACUGUUCGCGCGAACAUGAAAUGGUUAAAUGUAAUGGACGCUGCGGUCUUACGGCUUGUGUGGAAGAUGCCCAUCGUUGUCAUAAAAUAUACAUCGACUACGAAUGUACGGAUCCGGAAUGUGAAAAGUGCAAGAAAAUCAAGGAACAGCAGGAGGCGUGGGAAAAGAAGGUGGCGAAUCCUACGCAUGAGGAGAAGUGGGUGGAUUGUCCUUGUGACAAUCCGUGGUGUAGAAGAAAGGUUAUGGAGAUUAAGGAGAUUCCGAAGCCGCCGAAGCCGAGAUUUUAUGGUACGAAGCCUUGA